AUGAAGUCCCGACCGACGUCCCUCGGCCCAGCGACAAUAUUACUACUUCUGGUGGUGCUGCUUCUACUUCAAGUUGUGUCAAGUCUUGGAUCCACCAUUGACACCACGGCGUCCGUUCUCUCGGUCAAUAAUAACAAGAAUAAGCCUUUACCAGAAGAUGAUAAGGCCAUCGAACGAAGUCGCCUCCCCUAUACCUACAAACACGUUGCAAGACAAAAGGACUACAACGACGAAUACGUCGAGGAUUGGUUUGCCAGCAUUCUGUACCCGAAACUAAAGACUGGGAACCAUGAGCCGGAAAUCUUCUACCGUGGAGAUACCGUGGUGGUAACUUAUCUCAAGCGGAGGAGAAAAUUUGACAUGGCGUAA